UUCACCACCACUACUCACCUCCAGACACACACAAGAAUUCACACUGGAGAGAAACCGUAUUGCUGUUCUGAUUGUGGCAAACAAUUCUCCACUAGUAGUGGUCUUCAGGCCCAUCGAAGAAUGCACACUGGAGAAAAGCCAUUUUCCUGCUCUGAAUGUGGAAAACGCUUUUCCUUUAGUAGCAGUCUUUACAGCCACACAAAGAGUCACUCAGGGGAAAAGCCAUACUGCUGUUCUGAAUGUGGAAAACAGCUGUCUAACAGACGUAACCUUCAAAUACACACCAGAAUUCAUACUGGAGAGAAGCCAUAUUUCUGUUCUGAAUGUGGCAAACAAUUUUCCUUCAGUAGUAGUCUUCACAACCAUGCCAGAAUUCACACCGGACAGAAACAGUAUUGCUGUUCGCACUGUGGGAAACGAUUCUCACAAAUGAGCAGCCUUUGGAACCAUGCAACAACUCACUCUGGAGAAAAGCCAUUUAGCUGUUCUCAAUGUGGCAAACGAUUUGCUGACAGAAGAAGUGUUCAACGACACAUAAAGAUUCACACUAGAGAUAAGGGAGAAAAAAUGGAAGUAAAGAAAUUGAAAUAGAACAUGUUAACACACAUGACAUUCACAAUGGCAACCCAUUCAGACUCCUUGGUUCAAGCACUAAAAUUAAGAAUAUACAAACAGAUGAAGGAAGGAGAGUAAAACCAAAUUUCCAAACUAAUCUGCAUGUUAUCGUUGCAUAUGAACCACACAAAGCAGAAAUCUGAGACAGUGGAGGCACAGUGUGUUCUUCCAUAGUUGAAAAUAGGCUGGUCACAUGGACAAAGUACUUGGAAUGGACCAAGCUGUGAAAAAAAUACACAACCCAGAAGGAUAACCAAAAGUCCAAGUAUGUGUUAUGUCUGUAAGAUGUAAACAAGCUACAUGCAAUGCAAAAUGGCAACAGAGGUGGCCCAAAUAAUAUACAAAAAUGGCAGUGUGGUGAUGUCACAAAAAACAAUAAUGAAUAUCAACCUAUCAAAAAAAAUAAAUAAAUAAAAUAAAAUAACUGCAGAAUUGACAUUAUGGAGCUCAAAAACUAAGAUUCACCACAAUAUGUAAAGCCCUAGAUGCAAAUUUAAGGGAGCAGAAGAUAAACAAUUCAAGAAGGGUCAUGACUUAGUGUCAACUUUCACGCAGUUAUGUCAGAACACUAAGCCAAAUGUAGAAAAUUAGCCACUAAGAGAAAACUCGGAGCAUUGCAAUGAUUUUGAGUCUUUUGAGUGCAACACGAGAAUUCACUUGCUAUUCUGAAUGUGUGAACAUAAGAAAUUUAACAAAUGACAGGAGACCCUUCAGUCCAUUAAGCUCCUUAGUUUAGUUUGCAGUUAAUCUGUCCCAGUAUGACAUCCAGAUUCUUCUUAAAGGUUAUCAAGGUUUCUGCUUCAACUCAAUGUCUCACUAGUUUGUUCCUGAGUCCCACAACUCUUUGCGUAAAGAAGUGCUUUCUAACUUUAGUGUUAAAUGCACUUCCCUUUAAUUUCCACUGAUGUCGUCCAGUAUGUGAUUUAGUGUUAAGUUGGAAGAAUUCUACUGGAUCUACACUGCAGCUUAUCUACAGUAAAGAAAAGAGAACCUUUCUAUCUUGUGAGUUUUACUUCAUGAUAUAAUGGAUACUUUUUCCCAAGAUCGUAGCUGUUGAAUGUCUUCCAGCAGUCAAUCAAAGAAAUUCAAACAGUCUUGUGUCUUAACGGUUCGUUUGAAUGAAUUUACAAAUUUAUAUGACAUGUACUAUCUUAAUAGCCAUGUUUGGUUUUAAAUGAAUGCUGUUAUGGUGAAUCUUUCUGAGCUAUUUUCAGAAGCGGAUGUUUCUGUCGCCACAAAAAACAGACACAAGAGACAUAAAAAAAAGAUUUGGGGCAGCCACCCAUAUAAUAUUCCCUGGCCGCAAGCAUAAAGGGUAAAUUGCUAGAACUGAUGUGCUCAGAACAGAGUCCAAAACAAAACCGAUCAACUGUUUGUAAGAUGGUGGCUUUAAAGGCCAAAACAGGAUAUGAUGUCAACAGGGGCCUGAUCUGGAAAGAUUUUCCUCCAUAGGCUUGGACCUGGAAGUGAUGUCAUUAAAAGGGCGGAAACUGGAAGGGUCCUCCUCCAUGGGUUCGAAAGUGAUGUCAUCAGGGGGAAUUUCCUGUGAAAAAGCGAGAAAAAAGGGCAGCAGACUUUGCUACCCCUUGGUCUGCCGUGGAAUUACUCUCAUUUAGACACUUUAGCUACCUCCCAUACACACGUGUGUGACACUGUUAAUAUAUCCUAGUAUAUUAAUGAAGCAGACCCCAGGGUAAAGCUGUGGGUUUUGUGAUAUCUGUAGUGUCAGCCUCCAGCUCCCUUUGUUAGCAGCAAAUGAAACCAGUGUUCACUCUUUUGAAGGUUAAUGGCCACAUAUUGUUCAUUUGAAUGAGUUUUGAUCUCUGACUAACGUUAGCUCUUCAGGAUAUACAGUUGUAACGGCCGACCUCUUACCCAGACCGGCCACUACUCUACCAAGACUAUUUCCUUGGGCUAACCUGAAGACUCUUGAGACGAUAACAAGCCAUACUCCUUACAGAUUGUCCUAUUUUUCCCGACACAACGAAAUAACAAGCAAACAAUAGACCGAUAUGUAAAACCAAAUACAGAUAUAUUGACAGUAAUAAAUAUAAAAACACAUGCAGGUAGACAAAUAUUCAAUAAUAUAUAUGUGCACACAAACCACCACUAUUCCAAUGUCACCUGUGAAUAAUUAUUAAUUAUACAGAAACACGAAUACACAAUAUUUACAAAAAAACCUCCCUUGACCCCAAAUAUAAAACGAAUAAACACGAAACACAAGCACAGAUGAAUGAUGAACUGCAAUGGAAAUGAAAGUGAUAAAUGAGUCCAAAAGCUAAUAAAGUCCGGUAACAGUUGAAUGAUGACAGGUAUGAUAUUUUGCUUCCUCCCGACAAUACAAAAAAUGACCUCACCGUAAGUGUCCUCAGCAAUGGUUGAUAAGUAUUCAAACCCUGGGGUUUCCCGGUGCUGGCAGUCGUGAUAAAGAUCCGGAUCCUUAAGAAGCAAGUAAUGGACUUGUACGGUGAAUGGAGAUGAGAUGAAAUAUGGAUGCGUAAAUGAUUCUUAUUCUUCUCUCUCUCUCCUCUUCUCUUUUACCUGUUGCUCCCCUCGUUUAAAUACAGAAUGUCCUGGAUGUAACUGGUGGAUUUAACAGGUAAUUUCUAUCUUAGGGAUGCGGUCUCUCUUCCCCUUUUCACUUACGGGGACAACAUUUACUAAUACACACAAAUAGUACAGCAAACGGGACAAUGAAAACAAAACGCAUUCAGCACAGACAAAAAAACAAAUACUUAUUAUUUUGCAUCCCCGCCACACAGUAUAAGGGUAAGUUUUCAAAUGCUCCGGAAUGUGCAGUAUAUCGUGCAUUUCUAAUAUUCCUUAUUUCAGUGUUUUUAUAAUUUUAUUCUAUUUUGUUACUGUAUAAAAUU